AUGGAAGAAGGAAAGGAGAAUAUAGGUGAUAGCCUGAACUUAUACAUAUCAGGACUGCCUAAGAGCUUCCACAAGAAGGAUCUAGAAGCUCUAGCGAAGCCAUUCGGCGAAGUACUUUCAGCAAAAAUCAUGAUAAAUCUCAAAACUUCAGAAGCAAAGGGCUACGGCUUCGUCAGAAUAAGACCAUUGGCUGGGGCUCGCGCAGCAGCUAAUGCACUUAAUGGGUACAAGAUCGAGAACCAUACAUUGAUCUGUAAAGAAACAGAUUCGACCGAAUCCUUUGGUGACAAAUCCAAUUCCAUUUUUAUACGAGGUAUAAAAGUGACAACUCCAAUUUACAAAGUUCGCAGGCUUUUUUCGAAGUUUGGGAACAUCGAAAAAGUAAAGAUCAAAGGCCAAAAAGGCAAGCCAAGAGGAUUCAUUAUAAGGUAUGAGACCGUUGAAGCUGCAGAAAAAGCAAUUCGCGAAUUAAACAACACCAGGUACAAAGGUGAGUUGUAUCCUAUGUAUCUACAAUAUUGGCAAGACCCUUCGUCAAGUUCAUCAAGCUCUUCUCCAACGAAGUCUUCUGAUUCAUCUCCCUACUCGUCCCCUGAUUCUACGCCAACAAAAAGCGACUCUGCCGAGGAGUCUCCACGAGAUGAACCCAACGAUCAAGUCGGGAGCUGGGCCUUUAUGCUUGACGAUUUAUGA